AGUAGAAAGAGAAACAAAAAAGAAAAGGCUAGAGAGAGAGAGAGAAAGAGAGAGACUGAGCGACCAACCCAUGCCCUUUUCUUUUCAUUUUUUUUUUUUUCUAUUUCUCUCAAUUUUUUCUUACUUUCUUCUCUACCUUCUCUUCCACAAAAACAAACCCUAAUACACAGAUAUAGUAAAAGAAAAGGAAGGAAAAAGAAAACCCUCCCGUAAGAGGGUUUUGGUUUUUAGCUUUCAUUUCUUUUAAAUUAUCUAUCUCUGCAAAACCCCAUCAAAGAAGUUCAUGAUCCGUGGGUUUUUUAUUCUCAUCUCUUUCAUACUCAAAGACAAAUCCAAAAGCAAUCCAAACACUACUGUCCCCGUUGUUGUAGAUCAGUGAAACCUUUAAAGACCCCAUGGGUUUUGGUACUUUCUGAAUCUCUCUCUCUCUCUUUCUCUUUUUUCUUCCAGAAACCCACCCUUUCUCUUUCUUAACUUAGUCAUAAAUGAGUCUCUCUCUGUAAAACAAAAUCUCUCUCGCAGAAACUUUCUUUCUUCCAUAUCUAUCUGUUUCCUUUUUUUUCUUUCAAUUUCUUUGUUUGUUUCUCGGGAAAAAAAAAGAAAAAAAAAGGAAAUGGAUUCGGGAAACAGUGGGAGUAUGCAAUCUUCAAGUGGUGGAGACGAAGAGUACGAUUCACGCGCCGAAUCGAUUUCAGCUCUGUUGAGUAACGCGGCCACUCAUCAUCAUCAUCAUAUUGGGUCGUCCAUGGGUGCUAACCCAACACAACCACAGACCCACCACCACCACCACCAUCAUCAUCAGUCUGCUUCGAACUCCAUGUUCGAUCCUCUUUCCCACUUCUUCGAUCCAUUAUCGUCGCGGCAAAUUCCACUCGCAAACCCAAAUUCACUCCUCAAUCUGGAUAUGCCUUGGUCCAAAUCCUUACGAUCCGACCCGAAUUCCAUCGAUCUUGGUGGUUUAAUCCCUUCAUCUUCUUCAACCCAACCUUUUUUCACCACCACCACCAACAACAACAACCAAUUAGGACACACCACUGCCGCCGCCGCCGCCGUCGGUGGCGCAGCAAGAGACGGCGGCUCUUCUUUUCCGGCCGUUCAGAUCUCUCCGGAGAAUGUUUCAAGAGGUUCGGUUUCAGGUGCUCCGAACGAGCAGAGCAUCAACAACAACACAAACAACAGCAAUAGCAACGUCGUCGUUCGGAACCCGAAGAAGCGAUCAAGAGCUUCAAGGCGUGCACCGACCACGGUGCUGACCACAGACACCACGAAUUUCCGAGCCAUGGUUCAAGAAUUCACUGGGAUCCCAGCUCCUCCAUUCACAUCUUCACCUUUCCCGAGGACCCGAUUGGAUCUAUUCGGUUCGGGUACUUCCGUUAGAUCAGGACAUUUAGACCCUUCACCUCCUCCUCCUUAUCUUCUCAGACCAUUCGCUCACAAGAUCAAUCAACCCCCACCACCAUUUUCAUCAUCAUCAUCAUCAUUUUCUUCUUCAAUGGUACUUGAUGGUUUAGUCUCUAAUUCAACCAGUACUACCAAUAUUGGUUCUAAUUCAACCUCUUCAAUUAACUACCAACAACAACAACAACCCCACAAUAAUAGCACCAAUAAUAAUCUUCUUAACAUUGGAGGAGGCAUGCAAAACCCACUUCUCAAUUUCCAAUCCCUUCUUCAAACCCAACAACAAAAAUAUGCUUCGUUAUCAUCGUCCACUUCCUCCAUUAAUCCUGCAACUGAUCAUCAUAAUUCUUCUUCCAAAAUGGUUGGUGGUGGUGGUGGUGGUGGUGGUGGUGGUGGUGUUCUUGAAGAGUUUGGUUUGAGCCAUGGGAAUGUUAACUCUCAUCAGCUUACCGGUGGUGGCUUCCGCAACAUACUCUCGUCGUCUUCCAACGGAGCAUUGUCGAGGAGCAGUGAGAGUAAUCCGACGACGACGAUGGGCAACUGGAGUAUAGGUGGUGGUGGUGGUAGAGUUGGAUCUUCAAACAACAACGGCAACAAUAAUGAAGAUCAAAGUCUUCUGAGGUCUUUAAAUGGUGGCAGUUACGGUAAUAAUCCUGAACGGCCGGUGGUUACGAAUGGUAAAUUGAACUUCUCGGCUUCUUCUUCAUCGGAUUUUCAUGGCGGCGAUAAAGGGACAGAGAAUGUUACUACAGCAGCUGCUAGAAGUGAAGGAGUGAUUGGUGGCGAGAUUUGGGGUAUCGUUAGCCGCCGCAAUCUCUUAUUACACCAUUCUAUUAUCUCUUCCCAUGUGUCCGUGUUUCAUUCUUUUUCAUUUAUUUGUUUUUAUUUGUUUAUAAAAUAUGAUGCUUAUGAACCGCCAGUAGUUUCACGCCAGGUCCAAAUAUAAAUUUCGACUAGUGCAUUAUCAAUGCA